AUGUCGAUUUUUCUCGCGACUGCUCGAUUGCGAAUGUCGGGGACCGUCGCCGCCUUUUCACGAGCCGUGUCCAUCCCUCGAUGUGCGCCUUUCCUCGCUCGGCGACCAACCUUUGGUCCCGGUACAGGAGUGCGUCUCACUACACGCCGACCUUUUUUCAAAGUGUUCAUGUCAGCCGUUGAGGAUGACGAAACGGCCUGGAACGAAAAGACGGUGGACAGUACCUGGAACGUCACGGGCUUGAAAAAGGAAGUCCAACGUUUGAUACUGCGCUGUCACAAAAAAAUCGGCAAAAGCAGUCAACGCGUAUCGCAAGCUCAGAUGCAAUUAGACCAACUGAUGGCGGACAAAAACGCGAGCUUGUCGGAUUUGGAAAAGUGUCCCGAUGUGGAUGCCCUGACUGUCGAAUUGGACGAAUUAAGGGCGCGUCUGCACAAAUUAAACGUGCUCGAACAAGCGCUGGCGGCGGAGAAGAAGGGCACACAUCGGACUCUUUCGGCUGAAGUAGUGGAGCUGGUGCGAGAACUAGGCGUCAAUGACGAGCCGCCGGUACCACAACCACGGCCUCUUAAAAAGCAAAAAGGUCCGCGAGUCACCGAGUCGUCGCGCAAACCCUAUCGACGCUACUUUUCCGCUCAACAGGUUGAAAUUCGAGUUGGCAAGCAAGCCGAAGAUAAUGACGAGCUAACAAUGUCGCCGGAACAUCGUGACGGUGCCGAUUGGUGGAUGCACGCGUCGGGGUGUCCCGGAAGCCACAUUGUGAUUCGAUGCCACGACCAGAAUCUUGACGAACAGGUCGUCCAGGACGCGGCAGCCUUGGCCGCUCGCCAAUCCAAAUGCAACGGAUCCGUCAUUAAGGUAUCUCUGACGCGGUGUCGCGAUAUUGUCAAGCCGCCGGGGGCCAAGGCGGGUCUUGUGCAGUUGGUGGGAAACGUCCGUACCGUUUCGGUCAACAUGAAGGAGGCACAAGCGCGGCUGCAACGGUUAGACGCUACCUGUAUCGUAAACUAG